GAGCUCAGUAGCCCUUUUGCCAGUGUAGUUGGGGUGCAUACCGUCCGUAUCCCUCAUUAUUUCUCUAGUCAAGCAAUUUUUUCGACAUGUAACAGUGCGAGUGCUUCGUAGAUCAAGAGGAAACCAGGAGUAAACAUUAAGGAUCUAUACAGUUCAAGAAAACUGACCGAGAAAUUGGCAAGGAUCGAGGGAUUGAGGAGAUUCUCAAGAUAGCGCACGGUGACUGGCGCCGGGCGUGCUGAGGCUGAACUGGAGGGGCUAGGUGGUGUUAGGGACGAGGCACGAUGUUAGAGACGCGGUUAUCAGGUGUGGGGCUGGUGCGGGCGGUCUUGGUGCUGAUGCUUGUAGCUGUCAGUUGUGAGGCAGUUAUCAAGUACCCACCUAUGAUGACCAAACAGCCGCCCUCCAACGAGGAGCUACUCUUCCAAGUGGCAUCCAGGCAGGACGAGAACGACAAACCCUUUAUCAUCGAGUGUGAGGCUGAAGGAGAACCUGCCCCCAAGUAUCGGUGGGUUAAAAAUGGUAAGGAGUUUGACUGGCAAACGUACGACAACCGUAUCUUGCAGCAGCCAGGUAGAGGCACGCUGGUCAUCACAUCACCCAGAGAUGAAGACUUGGGUCAGUAUCAGUGUUUUGCUACUAAUGAGAUGGGAACAGCCACAUCCAACUCCGUGUUUGUUCGCAAAUCAGAGUUGAAUAGCUUCAAGAAUGAAGAUCCAAUGACAGAAACUGUUAACGAAGGAGAUCCUGUUGGCUUGACCUGCCAGCCUCCUGAUGGUUAUCCCAAGCCCUACGUUUACUGGAUGAUUCAGGAUGACAGAGGUGCGCUGCGUAGCAUUAACUCUUCGAGAAUGACUGUAGACCCAGAAGGUACACUCUGGUUCUCAAAUGUCACUCGCUUUGAUGAAUCCAACGACUUCACUUAUGCUUGUUCUGCAACAUCAACAUUCCGUAACGAGUACAAAUUGGGUAAUCGAGUAUACCUUCGUGUAUAUCAGAGCGGCAGUACAGCUGUUCAGACUAAGAAUGAACCUGAGGAACAGUUCAAAUCUCGUAAGAAUACAAGCAUUCUGAAAGGCAAGACGCUGCGGCUCUGGUGCAUCUUCAGUGGAACACCACUUCCUGAAAUGCGAUGGACAAAAAGAAAUAAUUCUCAACCAGCAAAACUUCCUCAAGAUCGAGUUGACUAUGAAAAUUAUGGCAAAACGCUUGUAAUUCGCUAUGUAGACUUUGAAGAUGAAGGCAGCUAUGAAUGUGAGGCAAGCAAUGGUGUAGGUGUGGCCAAGUCUUAUUCCAUGAAUGUUAAAGUUCAAGCAAUUCCAUACUUUGAGAAGGAGCCAGAGGUACAGAACAAUGCUGAGGGAGAGACGGCAGUAUUUUACUGUGAGUCAGCGGGAAAGCCUCCUCCCAGGAUGGAUUGGAUUUACAACGGUAUGCCUGUUGAGAAGGCACCCCCAAAUCCUCGCCGUCUUGUAGAGCGUAAUAAGAUCACCAUCUACAACUUGACCAAGGCUGAUACUGGAAACUAUGGUUGUAAUGCUUCCAACGACCAUGGCUACGUGUACAAGGAUGUUUACGUCAAUGUCUUGGCUUUGCCCCCUGAGAUUCGCGUUCCUCCAAGUGAUGUGCGAUCAGUUGAUGGACAGCAGGUGAACAUUACAUGUCGUGUAUUUGGUGCACCAAAACCACGAAUCACUUGGAUGAGGGAUGGUCUUGAACUGACUGGUGGACGCUUCCAGGUCACUCCUGAAGGAGACCUUGUUAUCCAAGAUGUUUCGUUUACGGACGCGGGAGAUUAUGUUUGCUCUGCGGAAAAUAAAUUUGGGCAGCAAGAGGCAGAUGGAUCCCUAGAGGUGAAGGAGAGAACCCGGAUAACAGAUGCCCCGCAGGACUACGAAGUUGCUGCGGGUCAAACUGCUACAUUUAGGUGCAAUGCUGUGACUGACAGUGAUCUGGAAUUGAGUAUUGAGUGGCUUACUGAUGGAAAACUGAUUGAUUUUGAGCAAGAACCACGAUUUGUCCAGCAGUCUGAUUUCUCCCUGAGUAUCACCAAGACUACAGAAUUAGACUCCGGGGUAUACACUUGUGUUGCCUCGACGGAGUUAGACAAGAUUACGGCUGAAGCUACACUUAUAGUUCAAGAUGUGCCCAACCCUCCCCAACUGUUACUGCCGGUGAUAUGUAAUGACCGUGAUGCAAGUGUGGAAUGGCAGCCCAUGGGUGACAACAGAGCACCUAUCCUGGGUUAUGUCAUUCAGUAUAACACAAGCUUCACACCUGACACCUGGGAGAAUGCCUUUGACUCAGUUCCUGCCACCAGUACACAAUUUAAUAUCAAUUUAAGUCCAUGGGCAAACUACACAUUUAGGGUAAUUGCUCGUAAUGCAAUUGGACCAUCACAACCUUCAGACCACUCAGAGAUGUGCACAACCCCUUAUGAUGUUCCCUACAAAAAUCCAGAUGGGGUCGAGGGAAAAGGUUCCACACCAAAUGACUUGGUGAUUAAGUGGUCGUCUAUGCCAGAGAUUGAGCACAAUGGUCCAGGAUUCAAAUACCGUGUGUAUUGGAAACGUGAGGACAUAGAAAAUGCAAGGUGGGAAACAUAUGACGUUGUUGAUUGGCAACAGGACCACAAGUUAGUGCCAGACCAACCAACAUUCAAGCCUUACAGAAUCAAGGUUGAAGCACACAAUGAUCGGGGCCAAGCUCAUGUUGCUGCUCCUGAGGUUAUUGGAUGGUCGGGAGAAGAUGUUCCAAACGAAGCCCCGAGGAAUUUGACUUUACUUGAUUUGAAGGAUGCAACCACUGCACUCUUGGCAUGGGAUCCCGUCUCAAAUGAAUCUAUCCGAGGCCACUUCUUAGGAUACAAGAUUCAAACUUGGACAGAACAUGAAAGUGAGGACAAGGCUCGGGAUAUUAUCGUAGAGAACAACAACGAGCCCACUGCUCUCGUCACCUCAUUUGUUCCAUUCACUAAGAACUUUGUGCGUGUGUUGGUGUUCAACGGUGCUUUUGACGGUCCUCCCAGUGAAUCCAUCAGUUUCAACACACCAGAAGGAAAGCCUGGUCCAGUUGACUACCUUGAUGCUAUCCCCAUGGGUUCAUCUGCUUUCUUCCUCCUCUGGAAAAAACCUAAGCAGCCCAAUGGUAUUUUGACUGGUUACCACAUCUACUUUCAAGAGGUUGAUGGCACCAGUAUAGGUAUUCAGUCAGAGCGUGAUCCUCCCAUAAAUGAUCACACAGUAACUAGAGCUAAACUUGCAUCACUGAAGCCAGCAACAAAGUACCGUAUCACAGUUGUGGCUCGCACUGCAAUGGGUCUAGGGUCCACCUACUACAUUGAGCGAAUGACUCGAAGCACUGAAGCUACACCACCAGGGAAACCGUCUUUCAUCUGGCAGCACAUCAGUACAAAGACAGGAGCUCCAGCCAUUAAGAUCACCUGGAUCCCCAACACUGAGUCCAACCCUGGCUCACACUUCUUCAUCAAAUACAGGUUGUAUGGGGAGAGCAUGUUCCUGGAGACCAAGCCAGAACUGUACCAAGACUUCAUUGUACUAAAGGGUCUCGAAGCUGAAGAGACCUACCAAGUGUGUCUGGUGGCUGUGGAUGGAGUUUAUUCAACCGAGUCGGAUGUAGAAGAGAUUGACACUCACCUAACUGGUGUUACCUCAGGAGUGAUUCUUCGCCCGACUGACAGCAUUGCAACUCGUGGUUGGUUUAUUGGGAUGAUGCUUGCCAUUGCAUUCCUUCUCCUGAUCCUCAUCAUCGUAUGCAUUGUCAAACGUAAUCGUGGAGGAAAAUAUGCUGUCCAGGAACGAGAGGCUGCCCAUGGACGUACCGACUUUAAUGAAGAACAAGGAUUCCCUGAAUUUGCCCAGCCUUUGGAUGGACCAAAGAGGGAUAGUCUGGGAAGUGAUGUGAAAAACCCAAUAGAAUCAGACACGGACUCUAUGGCAGAGUACGGAGAUGGAGACACGGGAGCAGGUAUGGCUGAAGAUGGUUCCUUCAUUGGUCAGUACGGCCGGAAGAAAGGCGAGACAACAUCCAAUGCAUUUGCCACCCUAGUUUGAUGUAAUACCUGCAUUCCUUUACAUGAAGGUUCACAGAAGAUGGGUCAUUCAUUGGACAGUAUGGAGGAGCCACCGGUAAGAGGAAGCCAGCCCCCGAGGACAAAUCACCAUCUGCCGUGGCCACAUUUGUCUAGAGACCAUCUUCGUCAAGUGGCAAUCUUCACCUAAGGCCACAUACCUGUCAACACCCUUCCUUUGGUCACUUUUUCAGAUUUGUAUAUCUGUAGUAUGCUGUCAUUUCAGGGUUUCUAGUAACUGACCUAGAUACUAAAAUUUGUUUUGAUGUGUAUACGUGAUCUUAUUGUCUUAAUGGUACCACAAUAAAUAAGUUUACAUUAUUGAGCGUCAGCAGUGGUGUUGAGGAUGAUGAACUGAUAAGAUCCAGCAAUCAAUCAAAGAACUAUGAGAUUAUUUAUGACCUGUGGAAUUAGAAUAUUUCACAAUUAUUUUAAAAAUACCCAGUGACAACACACUUAAAAGUAUUUUGAUAUGAAACAAUUACAGGUUGGUGAAUGAAAACUUCUGAUAUAGAAGACACUAAGGUCCAUCCAUCAGAGCCCUUUAGUGAUGAUUUACCUCAGAAUUCCUGAUAGAGUAGUUAAUUAUUACAUGGCCUUGUAAUAUAACAUAGGUCAUGACACUUUGUAUCUGUGAGUUAAAGUAUUAAACAUUUAGUUUGGAAUACUUAUAAGAACUGUGAAACCAUAUGUUGUUAAUACUAUGUCUCUUAAUAUUAUUUGUGCCAAAAUGGCCACAGAAAUGAUACUUCCUCUUAUACUUUUGAUUAGGGGAGGUAAAGGAAUAAUUACACCAAUUGCAAAGGACAAAAAUAGUGAAUCUUGAUAAAACAGUUUGCCACUUUUUGAGUGGGUGUAUCCCCACACUGGGAUAAUCAAAGUGAGAAGUGUGAUGGCUCAUAUGCAUAUGAGAGAGGACUCAUGAGAGCUGUAGUGGGCCAUCUGAACCCAAGCUCACCAGUGUUAAUUAAUUUAAGUUAUCCAUCAUGAUCAGAUGCAAUAUAUGCAGUGGAAAUAUGGAAUCUCAUCUUCAUAGAAUCUCCAGUGAAUAUGCCCCACAAUUUAGCAGCAUUGUUGCAGAAUUAUAUAGUUGAUAAGAAAGUGUUCCUGUCAAGGAGAAUAAGUAAACAUUUCUAUAUAGCCAUCAGGCAUUGAUGUAAGUGUUGCAAUUAAGAUGUAAAUGUGCCUCUUGUCAGCUUUUGAAUCACAAUUAAGCAUUGCUAGUAUUCUUUCCAUUUAGAAUGUGAUGAGCGGAGUGAGGUUGAUCCUUGAUAAAUGGUGCAAUGAGACCAAGCUAUUUUAUUUGUUUAAAAAAAAGGAGGGUAAGUCUCAUGGGAAUCAUAAAUUAAGCUUCAGGCUCACUGGUCAUCUCACUAAUAAUGCUUAUGUGAAUUUUUUUUUUUUGUGUGUGUGAAUUUCAUUCCUGAGAAUUAAUAUAUAAUUUAUGUUUCAAGUUUUAUUCAAGUUUUUUAAUUCUUUGUAUAAAUCUCACAAUUUUUGCACAAACAUUGCUAGAAUCUGGUAAUACUUGAUCCUGGUAAGAGAAGAGUGUAUUGUAAUUACACAUACUACUGAUAAAGAAACAUAUGUAUGCCAAUGAUCUCUAGGUUUGUGCAUGAGGAAAGUUGUAGUGCGUGACAGCACUGAAGACUGUUUAGUCCAUUGUGCGGCCAGCAAGGUAUUCUCGCGUCACAGUUUAUUUGUGUGCUGUGACAAGCACCAAGUGUCAAAUUUUGCAAAAAACAAUGCCAGCAUUGUGUGAAUGUUUGUUAUUUUUAUACAAGUGCCCUUUUGUAUCUUCCUUUGAAAGUUUGUGGUAAUAUGCUGAUUUUUCAUUAUUCUUGUGAUUCAUGUUUUUUGUUUAGUCCAUAAAUACUUAUGGGAAGCGAAUAAAACAAAUAGGUUGUGAACAUGAAUGACAUAAUGAGAGCAUAGUUUCCCAUUUGCUUACAGCAAAGAACUAAUAGUUAAUGUCCAUUUAGAUUUUGAUAAAGUGCCUAUUUUCAUUAUGUAUAGUCCAAAAAGGAGAUUUUUUUGUAGUUUGUAAACUUUACUUUUCAUUUCUUUAUUAAUACCAUGUCUUAUGUUUGACUACACGGUAUAUCAUCACUGCACCAUAUAUGUAGGAGGAAGUUUGCAAUUGAAAUAAUGUAACUGUCCCAUAUAGAGAAGCAAAUGGUAGUGUUGUGUGCGAGUGUGAUUGGAUGUUGUUUAAUAGCACUGUACAGUGAUGGUGUAUGAAGUGUGUAUCAUGCCUUUGCAUAUAUAUGAUGGAAACAUGGAUUAUGAGGUCAAGGUUCCCUUUCUUAACCCUUACGCCCCGGGUGACAUACCAGAACGCCCGACUAGCACGCCCCAGGUGACGUUCCAGAACGAGCGCCUUUUCCUGCCACUGUUUAAAUGCCCAGCGCGGGGGUUAUCAGGUUCCAAUGUGACUAUUUGCCUGUCACGCCACACGCUCGGCCACAAGGAAGCCUCCUGAACGUAAUUACCUACUUUUGUUUGUCCAUUUUAUCAUGUUUCAAAGUAAUAUUGUUAAAAGUAGAAUAGUUGUAGUGUAGUAUUACUGGAAUAUAAUGCUAUGAUUAUGUUAUAAAUGUAUCUAUUUGUGGAAUGAUUAUUAUUUUAUGCAUUACUUGCUCUACCAAACGCAAAGACAGACAGCUUGGCGACUAACUGCGUGUGUGUUGCUAAGCACUUUUUAUGAAAAAUAAUGCAAAUAUUUUAAAUGAAUUAUUUAUAACAAAUAAGUAUUAUGAUCAGUAAAUAUAUGCAUUACUGGCCAUCCCAGACACAAAGGCAAGCAGAAAAUGGCCGCUAAGUGCAUAGUGACCAUGAGUGUUAGCUGUCAAAACAACACUGUCCCUUUAUCUCCCUCUCCACUGCUGCCACAGGGAAGUUUCUAGAGGUUCAAUAUAUAGUUUUUCUUACUUUUUUAUUGUUUUUAUCAUUUAAUAAGGUUAAAAAUUAGUUUAGGAAAAGUUUUGAUUUUUCUCGAUUUACCCCCACAUGGGGGGGACACGGCUAGCAGCACCCUAGCCCGGGGCUAGGGGGUUAAAUGUUCUUUUUGUUCUGUUCAAUAUGGAAGUAGGCUUUAUUGAAGCUUCAUCAUCGAUGAAUUCAUCAUAUAUUAUAAAGGGAAAAAGUGAUGGUUAAUAUCAGCAUAAUUGUAGAUUUAAACUGGUAAAUAUUGGAUUUAGUUAAAUGUCAGUAUCAUAUAUAAAACCAAUACAUAUAACUCACUCAUGAUAUAAAGACCUCAAUGAUGCUACAUCACUUUCCCUUUAAUGUAUUUACAAUACUGCUGUAUUUAGGAUGGUCUUAAAUUCUUGUCAUCUACCUUGCAGACAUGUAAAGCUUGUGAAUGGAAGUACAGUAACAGAUAUAAUAAAAUAAUUGGAAAAAUU